AUGAACAUGAGCAAGGACGCAGGAUUUGAGCAUGUUCUUAAAUAUUUUGAUGAAGAUGGUGAUGGGAAGGUUUCACCUUCGGAGCUCAAGCACAGGCUAGGUAUAAUGGGAGGGAAGCUUUUGCUUAAAGAAGCGGAAAUGGUGAUUGGGGAAUUGGAUUCAGAUGGUGAUGGGUUGUUGAGUUUGGAGGAUUUGAAAGCGUUGAUGGAAGGAGGAGGAGAGGAACAGAAGUUGAAGGACUUGAGAGAAGCUUUUGAAAUGUAUGACACUGAGGGGUGUGGUUUUAUUACCUCCAAGAGCUUGAAGAAGAUGUUUGAGAAGAUGGGAGAGUCCAAGUCCAUUGAUGAAUGCAAAGUCAUGAUCAAUCACUUUGAUUUAAAUGGAGAUGGCAUGCUUAGCUUUGAAGAAUUCAGAAUUAUGAUGCAGUGA